UCCCUCCGUUGAGGGCGGGACCACACAAACGCACGUUCCCGGCGCGGGAGGCGCGCUCCCGUGUGGCCCCGGAGGCGCGGCUCUGCGCGUAAAGUUUGCUCCGUGCGUGCGCUGAGCUGUCACUUCCCUCUGCGCUCCCGCAGCACCAUGCCGCUCCUCCUGCAGACAUGGGACUCCGCGGCUGUGAGGGGAAACUAGGCGGCCCCGCUGCGCCCCCCGCCCGCCCUCUGCUCCCCACCCGCCGGGGAACGCCACUCUGAGACACCGACUGUCUGAUUUGUUUGUCUCCGUUUUGAAUUCGUCGUGAAGUACGGAGGCUCCCGGAAAGUGACUGCAAUUUCCGAAGAUGGAGACAGUGAUGGAGCGGGAGUGCAGCGCGCUGGGGGGGCUCUUCCAGACCGUCAUUGGAGACAUGAAGGGCAGUUAUCCCAUCUGGGACGAUUUCAUCAGCAAGGCCAGCAAACUGCAAUCGCAACUCAGGACCACAGUCGUCGCGGUCGCCGCCUUUCUGGACGCCUUUCAAAAAGUGGCUGAUCUGGCGACCAACAGCCGCGGAGGAACCAGGGACAUCGGCUCUGCUCUCACCAGGAUGUGCAUGAGGCAUCGCAGCAUCGAGGCCAAACUCCGCCAGUUCUCCAUGGUGUUUCUGGACUGUCUGAUUAACCCUCUGCAGGAGCAGAUGGAGGAGUGGAGGAGAGCGGCCAACGCUCUGGACAAAGAUCACGCCAAAGAGUAUAAAAAAGCCCGUCAAGAGAUCAAAAAAAGAUCUUCAGACACUCUGAAGCUGCAGAAGAAAGCCAAGAAAGCUUCAGCGGAUGUAUUUGGCCGUGGAGACCUGCAGCCUCAGCUGGACAGCGCCAUGCAGGACGUCAGCGACCGCUACCUCCUGCUGGAGGAGACGGAGAAGCAGGCCGUGAGGAAGGCGCUGGUGGAGGAGCGGAGCCGCUUCUGCUGCUUCGUGUCCAUGCUGCGGCCCGUCGUGGAUGAGGAGAUGUCCAUGCUCGGGGAGAUCACGCACCUCCAGACUCUGACGGACGACCUGAAGGCGCUCACCAUGGACCCACACAAGCUGCCCCCCUCCAGUGAACAGGUCAUUGUAGACAUGAAGGGCUCAGAGUGCACCUGGUCCUACCAAACCCCGCCCUCGUCGCCGAGCACCACGGUAUCCAGGAAGUCCAGCAUGUGCAGCAGUCUGAACAGCGUGAACAGCAGCGACUCGCGCUCCAGCGGCUCCCACUGCCACUCCCCCACCUCCCACUUCCGUUACCGCGCCUCCUCCUCCUCCUCCUCGGUGCUGCCCCAGCAGACGCCCGCCCGCCUCUCUUCGGUCUCCUCCCACGACUCUGGCUUCAUCUCGCAGGACGCUUUCCAGUCCAAGUCGCCGUCACCCAUGCCCCCGGACACCCUGCAGUUGCCAAACGGCUUUGACCGUCACGCUGCCCCCCAUCAGCAUGAAGCGGUACUGCAAACUCAGGACUCCCACCUCCACCCUCCAUACUUCACCUACUCCUCCUCCACCCACACCUCCCCCAUCUCCUCGCCCUCCUAUUCGUCCGUUUCUCCCACCUGGCCUCGGACAGGUUUCAGCCAAUCAGGGGAGUUCCCGCCUCUUAGCCCCUCUGGAAUCGGACUGAUCCCGUCAUCCAGAGUCCCGUCCUGGAAGGACUGGGCCAAACCGGGCCCCUACGACCAGCCGAUGGUCAACACGCUGAGACGGAGCAAGGACAGACGAGAGACCGCAGAUCCCAGCAGCCACCAGGGUUCUGACGUCACCACAGCAGGGGAGGAGCCUCAGAGGAACAGAGGCGGAACCACCUGUGUGACAUCCCCAAAGGGGGACAGGGAGGCCCACGAGGAGCUGGCCCGGGUGCUGGCCCGGGGCCUCCAUCUGGACAUCCAGGGGUCCAGCAGGGACUCGCUGCAGGGCUCCAGCGGCUACAGCAGUCAGACCAACACGCCCUGCUGCUCGGAGGACAUCGGCCUCUCACAAGACUGCGAGUAUUACUCUGUCGGCGCGGAUCAGGAACUCGAGCAUCCGCCCCCGUCCUCAGACUGCGAUAAGUCUUCCACCGUCCCCAGGGGGGUCGACGUCGGCCAGUUGUACCGCCGCAUGUUUCAGUCCAAACGUCCUGCCUCCACCGCCGGCCUGCCCGCCAACCCCGCGUCCGUAAUCACCCCAGGGGUCGCCACCAUUCGUCGGACUCCGUCCUCCAAGCCCAACCUGCGGCGCCCCUCUGGGGGCCUCAGUCUGGGCCCCAUUCCCAUUAAGCCCCCCAUGAUCCCGGUCAAGACCCCAACGGUGCCGGAUCACCCCGGUUUCCCCAACAGAGCCGCAUCGGAGGACGGAAAUGCACCCCGAACCCCCCUGAGCCCCCCCACCAGCCCUUUGUCCCCCGCCAGCAGCGGGCAUUUCUACUCCAAGCCCGCCGCCCGGCUGCCCCAGCACCUAGACGAGGGGUCAGACCCUCCAACCCCCCCACCACAGCCAAGCGGCAGGGGGGGUUGCGAGUGGGAGCGCAGGCGCCUCCCGGAGCUCCUGGAGGAGGCGGAAUACGGGGAGGCGGAGGACUAUCUGGUCAUGAUCCGACGAGGCGUCAAGCUGAAAAGGACCACGACCGACGACCGGUCGGCGCCAAGCAUCCACUGACGGGGAGGGGGGCGGAUCCACUCUGUGUCUCCGGAUGAACAGCGUGACACAAAAGGAUCCAAGUCAGGAACUAGAAGUCAGAGAGCGCCAAACGGGGGAGGUUGCAGGGAAGUAGAUGAGUUUUGAAGAGGAUCAUUGGAAUCACCAAAACAAAUGGAUAAGAAAGCUGUAGGGAAGGUCAAGGACUGACUUUAUGACUGACUGAGAGGCGUUGGGGUUUUGUUGUUGCACUGUUUGAAUGCGCACUGAAAAGUCCCAAAGGUUUUACUUUUGAUUUAGCUGGAGAACGACGACGUAAAGAAACCCUUUAAGUUAGAUGUGCGUCUGAGGGUCGACUGCAGGGGGCGACAAAUCCUUUCCUUUGGGCAAAUUCCCCCCCAGAGAACAGGAAACCCUCCUGGACUGUGAGCGAGCUGGAGAGGUCAGAGGUCAGAGGAACAGAGAAGAAGUUCUUAAUAAACAGGAAAGACUUUCCAACGAAAACUGUGUUUUGAAAACGAUCAAACAGGAUCUGUAGGUUUGCAUUUAGACCGGUUUGUACUUCCUCAUUGUCUUUUGUCCACUAUUUCACUUGAGGUGCCAAACGCCUUUUUGCUGAGAAUCAUUUUUGUUUCAUUUUUAUUUUGUGUGUGUGUGUCUGUGUGUAAGAAUAAACACGAGGUAUUUGAGAGAGAAAUGCACUUAAAAAAACGAGUAUUUGUUAAAUGUAGGGUAGCAUUUUCUUUCUUUAUUUUCCGCUGUGACUGUCCGUUACACUAAUCACUAACAUGCAUGUUGUUGCAGUUUUACUUUAGGUCUCACAAAUCCCUUUAGAUCCAUCUUCAGUCGUGGUUUAAACACAUUGUUGGAUCAGAACCAGAACUAAUUAUUGUUUGCUUAAAAAAAGAAAUAUAUUAUUGGAAAACAUUUUAUUUAUUUUGUAAUUUAUUUGAAAGCACCUUGAAAGUUUUUUGUUGUUGUUUUUUAAACAUUAACCAACAGCGCAGCUCGCCACUUGACCUGAUGUCAGCAAACUGCCUCCAUCCACGGCACUAGACGGGGUUACAGUGUGUGUGUGAUGCUGCGUCGAUGGAACAUUGUGGGGUGUUAAACGGAUCCGUCGUGGCGUGCGCUUCUGUCGGUGCUUUGUGUGCCGCCGUGACCACAGUCUGACGCUCUGCGUUUUACUUUGAAGUCACACGGCGAGGAGAGCAAAGUUAAUGUUUAAUCAGUCGCGCACGCUGCAGGGAGUGAUGCAUUCUGGGUCAUCAGCCAAAAUGAAGCGGUGCUUUUCAAAGCAUCUUUUCUGGAUCCUCUUGGGAAAACAGGAUUAGUUUAGUAUUUAUCCCUUGAAUUACUGCCCCCCUCCCCCCAGAUGUUUCCACAUGUUUAUUUUCAGUUGAAAUACCUUCAACGACUAAACGUUUUUAUGGAAAAAUCUUCCACGUCAUCUACAACAACAAUCGGAACCGUCGGGAACUAGACUCCCAUCAAAACAUAUAUAGAUACUAAUGCAAUGCGAUAUUUAUGAGGAUAAUCCUUCACAAUCAACUUUAUUCCUUCACAAAAUCCUUAAAAAGGUUUUUAUUCUCUUAAAAUCUUCUUCGUUUACAAUCUUUGGAACACAGGAAUGAAUUUGAAUUGUUAAAGUAGAGUAUGACGAGUUUAUUUAGUAAAUCAAUUCAAAUUUAAUUCCAAAUCUUAAAAUGGCCUAAACAAAACUUUAAAAAAAAAGGCAAAUUGUUUACUUUUUUACUCCUGGAUUAUUUUUUGGGGAAAAAUUAGUGAUGUUUUCCAAAUAAUAAAUCAAAAGUGAAUUCCUUCAUGAUUUGGUUAGUAAGAAAAUAUUCUUUAGUAUUUAGAUGUGGAAUAUGAUCAUAAUCUGAAAAUAAUUUAAAGUUCUUAUUACGACAAUAGAACAAAUGUUGCCACCUGGUGGUUUCUUGUGGUAUUACACUGAAAAGCAUCAAAUCAAACUGAAUGUUUUUGAAAACAGAAUUAUUUUUAUUUUAAUACUAAAUUAGUCUUUAUGUGACAGAAGAUAGAUAUAAGAUUUAAACAAAAAGAUGUCAUUGUAUUAGCUUAUGUACUAGAAAAUGAUUGAUUUUUUUUCAUAAAUGCCAACAUGUUAAACAUAAAAACACUAACUUAUAGUCUUUCUAUCUCUGUCUCAUUUCAAACGUUGUUAGAACUGGAUCUGGAGCAGCUCUCAUCUUUUCAUCUCACACACUCCAUGUGAGUAGUUUGCGUGUUUUCUGCAGCGUCUGUCGCUGUGAUGGUGCAGUUUUCAUGUUUCGUGCGACUUCAGUUUGACAGCUGGAUGACGACUGAAGGCUUCAGUUUCGCUGGUCGUUUCCUGCUGCAGGUUUACAAAUGUGGCUGAUGCACCGAGUAUAUGAAGCUACAUGUUGGAGCGUCUCAAAGCUCUAGAUAGUUGUGUUUUUGACACCAUGCCGGAUGUUAUACAGUGUAAAAAUAAAAGAAAUCUUAGUUCCUGUUGUUUUGAUUGAGGAUUAUUAGGAAAUCCUGUGUUUUCAAAUAUAUUUAUUCAGGUCACUCCUGACUCUAUUCUGAUAAACGGCUGCAUCUGUUUAUCCAUAAAACAAGAAAGUUGCCAAAUUUCCUGAUUGUUAUUCCUGGUCUGUGUUUCUCUGUUGUUUUCUUUUCACAUAUAUAUUAUGUCACUGAGUUGGACACUGCUACCUUUGUAUUUCUUGUUUCUUCUCCUCAUAGAAAGUGUUUUUAAUGAUCUAAUUCCUCCUUUUUUAAAUGCAGGAAAUUCGACUUUGAGUAGAAAAUAGAAGAAGAAAAAACCCGGUCAUUUCAUUCAUUUAACUAUCCAAAAACAUUGUUAGAAGAAGGCAAAUACUGGACAUCAUUUAAUCAAAGUGUAUCAGUUUGUAGCGAAAUGAUGCUAAACUAAUGCAGACAAACAAAAAUAAACUUCUUAAAAAUAUGUCUGUUUUAGCUAAAUACUUACAAUAAAUGCAAGUUUCUGGUGA